CCCGACUCCUGGAGCUCUUCGUGCAUCGCGCUCACGUCUCUCUUCGUAGUUGCCGUAGGGCCUUCCAGCUAGUCGCCGUCUCACCACCCGGCGCGAGGUUCCUGGUUCCUUCCAACGCCCGCGAGUCCAUAGCGUCAUGGCUAGGAACAUCAACGUCAUAUCUAUGUUUCCGGAUGAUGACACCGACAAGGAGGUUUUUCUACAAGCAGCCGGGAAGAGCUAUAGCGGCAAAGAGCGACACGUCUCUCUCUAUUGGAUAAACCGCGAUCAGGGCAUGCUGUUCGUCGAGCACGUCCUCCAACUGAUAGGCGCGCCCGGCAACUAUCACUGGGAAAACAUGGCCCGAUUCCGCGACCGCGAUGCGGGCUGGAAGGACACCAUCUAUCCUCUUGGUCGCUAUACCCGCGAGCAGCGCGACCAGAUCGUCAAACUUGCUGGGCUCGUCGAGUACAACCCGUCAUCGACUGUGAACAGUUGUCGCGCCUGGAUGCGCGACUUGCUGGAGGCGAUGACGGAGGAUCCAAUUGUGUCGCUCGACCGCAAUAUAUUCGAGCAGGUCGAUGAGCAGGUUCCACUAGCUAAACGUCGGCCAGAGGUGGUUUGAUCAGGCAACAAGGUUCUUCUAGGGACAAUAGAUCAUUGGACUGCAGCGCAUGGACCGAUACAGACUGUUCCGAUAUGUACCCGUGCUCAUACUCUAUACAGCCAUGAUAC